CGAAAUACUCGCUUGUGAUUGGUUGUAGGAUUUUAACAUUUUUCAUAUAUAAGCUACGGUGUCUCAGGUAAGUGUUAUUCAGUAUUCGUACAUUCUACUUGUUCUAUACGUGUUAACUCGUUCAAUCUCAAGAAUCAUGUCUGGUCGUGGUAAAGGCGGUAAAGUCAAGGGAAAGUCAAAGACCCGUUCUUCCCGUGCUGGAUUACAAUUCCCAGUUGGUCGUAUCCAUCGUCUGCUGCGUAAAGGAAAUUACGCUGAACGUGUCGGAGGCGGUGCUCCAGUAUACCUAGCUGCUGUUAUGGAAUAUUUGGCCGCUGAAGUUUUGGAGUUGGCAGGUAAUGCCGCUCGUGAUAAUAAGAAGACUCGUAUUAUCCCCAGACAUUUGCAACUCGCCAUCAGAAACGACGAAGAAUUGAACAAGCUGUUGUCCGGUGUCACCAUUGCUCAAGGUGGUGUCCUCCCGAACAUUCAAGCUGUUCUUUUACCGAAGAAAACCGAGAAGAAAGCUUAAGCUUUCCAUCAUUAUCUAAAACGGCCCUUUUCAGGGCCAACAGAUAUCAUUUCUUCACAAAUGUGAUUUAUCUUUGUUGUAUGGUUACCAGUUGUUACUCAAGUUUUACUUUACUAUUCGAAUUCGACAUUCGUUAAUUUGGGUUGAGUUGGGUAGUUCGACUUCGAAAGUUUGAAAGAAGUGGUACGUAAAGAAUAAUUUAAUCUAGUAAUCUCGAAUUGAUUCAUAAUUAUUGAAUAUUAAAAUAUUUAUCAUCAUUA